AUUAAAUAACUUAGCUCACAAAGCUUAUAUUAGUUGUGUAAUUACUCAUACUACUCAUGAAGGGGCUCCUAGAAGAGAUAUUAUUGCAAGAACUCUUUUUCUGACAAAAUUUACUUCUGAUAAACCCGUAAAAUACAAAAAACUUUCUGAAGAGGAGUUGCAAUUAUUAGAUGAAGAAUUGAUUCAUAAAUCAAAAUGGAAAAUUAAAGGUUCAGUAAUACGAUCAGUUUUAUGUGAACAAUAUACAACUUGUUCAUCUCAAUUAUGUGAUCAUUGUAAAGAGCUUCAAAAUGAUCAAGUUUUCAAGAUUCAACUUCGAAAUAAUCCAAUCACUAAAUAUAUCUAUAAUCAAGAAAUUGGAGAUCUAUUAGAUAUGAUAAAUCAUACAAAUAUGAAUAAUAAAAAUUAUUUUUGGGUUAAAUUUGCAGAACUAGAUCAGAAAGGUAGUUUCAAUAACAAAAAGAUAUUUGAAGAACUUUGUCAAAUAAUGGUUCAAAUUGCCGAUCGUGAACAGUAUAAAAAAG